AUGUCGAUCAGGCGUGAAGAAGAGGAACGUAGGAACUAUCAAAAUAUUAGUUCUAGAGGUAACAGAAAAGAGUUUUUGAAGAAAGAUCAAGUUGAAUUGGAGGGGACAGAUGGGGAUGAAUUCAAGGAUAUAAACCCUGUACAUGGAUGUUUGGUUCCCUGCCUUAAGUGUUGUAUUUACCCUUGCAGAGCUUUUUUCCUUACUGGAAAAUGUAUAUCACAAAAAAGAAGGAUGAAAAAAGUUAAAUACAGCAAAAGAAAACCUAAUAAUAGUUAUGUAUACUCAUAUAACUCAAACGGCCAAAAACCUCAAUAUAAUCAAUUUUACAGCGCAAGUAGUAAUAUUGGAACAAACCAAAAUUUACAAGGCUCAAUAAAUACUGAUGGACCAACGAAAGGAAAUUUAAGACACCCGUCAUUGACAGGAAAUUGUAUUACACCUAUUUGCUCGGGUUCAUCCGCUUCUUUUUGCACUAUUCAGGCUGAGUACCCCUCUAACAGACGUUCCGUUUUGCCUUCUUCAAGUUCUUAUGGACCAAGGAGGUAUGUUGAAAAAACUGAUGAAAUGCCAGUUUUUAAUGAAUCAAAUAAGCUGACUUGUUACUGUUUAGGGAAUAGUAAUCAAGAAACGAAGUUUGAAGAAAGAUGCGAUGGUAUUGAGUCCAAUCCAUUUUUAGAAACAGUAAACAAUACACAUCCUGAAGAAAUAAGUGACAAUUAUCUUAUCAAAUAUAGUCAAUACCAGACAAAUGAAUUUGAAGAUUGCUUACAGGAAAAUUCGAGCAGAGAAUACUUUAAUGCCGGGAAAUAUUUUGAAGAUAAUUUAAAAGACAAUCAAGCUCCCCUUAUUGGGGGAAAUUUAAUUACAAAAGGUAUAUUUUCUUCAUGUACCCCAUGCGAAUAUAGUGAUCAUGUUAGCCUAAAAUAUAGUCAGGGGAAUUGCUUUGUUGAUAAUUGA